CGUUCCAGACAAUAUAUUUUUUAUAUACAGUUAAGCAAAGUAUGUUAGGAAAAUAUUUACAUACCUACAAUAAGAUAAAACAUAUAAUUAAAAAAAAUAUUUAGGUAGAGUCAUAAACAAAUAAAAUAUUAAAGAAACAAGGUCGUUUUCAAUAGAAUAAUACAGAUAAAAUUGCAAUACAUGGGCAAAUUUGUGCAUAUGCAUUGAAGACAAGCAUCUAAAAUAUUAAUAAACAAAUAAAAAAAAUGUCUAAGGUGCAGGAAUAUUUUGAUUAUAUCUUACCACUAAUUUUAGAAGCUGGGAAGAUUCUGAUUAAAGCCGAUGAAAUUGAUGUACAAUUUAAAGAUUCUCAUGUAUGGGAUUUAGUGACGAUAUAUGAUAAGAAAGUCGAGGAAAUUCUCAUUGAUAAAAUCAAGCAGAAAUAUCCGGAUCACAGACAUAUUGGAGAGGAAGAGACAGAAAUAGGAAAAAUAAAACCAAUCCUGACAGACGAUCCUACUUGGAUUAUAGACCCAAUUGACGGUACAGCAAAUUUUACCAGAAAUCUACCAAUAACAGCUAUCUCGGUGGGUUUAAUAGUGAAUAAAGAACAAGUCUUAGGCAUUGUAUACAAUCCUUUUAUGAAUGAACUAUUUACUGCAUUAAAAGGCAAUGGGGCAUAUUUAAAUGGCAAACGAAUAUUCACUAGUGGAUGUAAAGACAUAUCAACAUCGGUAAUGAACUACGAAAUAUCCAUUGCUAGAAGGAAUGAGUACUCGUAUAAUCAAUAUCUAUUCAGGCUGAAACGCUUAAUAAAGGUUGUUCAGGGACUUAGAUCCAUGGGUUGUCCAGUUUUAAGCCUUUGUUAUGUCGCAUGUGGCAGAACUGACGCCUACCAAUGUGACGGACUUUAUCCAUGGGAUGCAGCUGCAGGUACAUUAAUUGUUCGAGAAGCUGGAGGUCAUGUCACCGAUUCAUCAGGAAAAGAAUUUGAUUUAAUGGAUCCUAACUACCUGGCAGCAGCAACAAAAGAGCUUUCAGAUGAAUAUAUGAAAAUUGAAAGAGUCGCCGAUGAAGAACGAUUACGCCAAACAAAAUAGCAACAUAUAAACAAUAACAUCAAUACGAUGACUUAAAUUUGCAAAUGCGCACGAGCAGAUCGAAACAGAAAGGAAUAUUUUACCAUCAUUGGAAACAAACAUUACCUAUAAUAUGUAAAA